GUUGUUGUCAAACAAAUCUUAAUCGGAAUUUUGCCGGUGUGAAUUUUUAAUAUUUUCUGGUGUUUUGGUACAUUUAAACAGGUAAAAUGAAAGAUAACAAUACCGAUGUGGACUCAAGAAACGUUGUGAAGAACAGGGAGCUUCUAUAUCGCAUGAUAAUAAGCCAGCUUUACUAUGAUGGAUUUCAAGCCAUAGCAGCAACUUUGGCUGCAGCCGUUCAUGCUGACCCACCGUGCCCACCGAGUGAUCGGCUUCUUAACUUGAUGAUGGUCGGUCUACAACAUGAGCCUGAUAGAAAAGACCGUCUCGCUGCAUCCAGCGGUGCAGAGCAUUUGCUCGGAACUACUGGUUUUGAUCUUGAGUAUGAAAUGGACGCGUCCUCUUUGGCUCCCGAGCCGGCUACGUACGAGACUGCCUACGUGACGUCACACAAGAUGGCGUGUAGGGCGGGUGCUUUCAGUAAUUGUGGACAGUUGGUCGCCACCGGAAGUGUGGACGCCAGUAUUAAGAUUUUAGAUGUAGAAAGAAUGUUGGCUAAAUCGGCUCCGGAGGAAGUGGACCCUGGGAGGGAGCAGCAAGGACAUCCAGUGAUCAGGACAUUAUAUGAUCACACCGAUGAGAUCACAGCCCUGGACUUCCACCCAAGGGAGCAGAUCCUCGUAUCAGCUUCCCGGGACUGCUGCAUCAAACUAUUCGACAUAACCAAAGCGUCCGCUAAGAAAGCCUAUAAGUCUAUUACGGACGCAGAACCGGUCCUAUGCGUAGCAUUCCACCCUCUAGGGGAUCACAUAAUAGCUUCAACCACACACCCGGUGAUCAGGUUGUAUGACGUCACAACUAGCCAGUGUUACGUAUGCCCUAUACCGUCCCAUCAUCAUAAGAAGCAAGUUAAUUCCAUCAGGUUCUCGCCCAACGGUAAGUAUUUCGCGAGCGGCAGUGCCGAUGGGACAGUCAAACUAUGGGACACGGUCUCGAAUAGAUGCUUCAAUACGUUUGUGAACGCUCACGACGGUAGCGAAGUGUGUUCCGUAGCGUUCACACGGAAUAGCAAGUAUCUUAUGACUUCGGGUAUGGAUUCCUCCAUUAAGUUGUGGGAAUUGGCCAGCAGUAGGUGCUUGAUUCAGUAUACUGGCGCCGGUACUACAGGCAAGCAAGAUCAUCACGCUCAAGCCGUAUUCAACCACACUGAAGAUUACGUAAUGUUUCCCGACGAAGCGACCACAUCUCUAUGCACUUGGCAUUCCCGCAAUGCCAGUAGAUGCCAACUGAUGUCGUUGGGCCAUAAUGGAGCGGUCAGAUACAUAGUUCAUUCUGGGACCGCACCUGCAUUCUUGACUUGCAGCGACGACUACAGGGCUAGAUUUUGGUACAGGCGAAACACGCACUAAAGAAAAAUGUCAAAUAUAAGGCA